AUGGCGGAUCCGACGGAUCGGUCGGCGGCCAUGGCGGAUCCGGCGAGGUACUACAAAUCACUUCCACCUAUAAGCAAGGCAUAUGGGACAUUGUGUUUCUUUACCACCGUGCUAGUUCAGCUCCACAUCCUGGAUGACCAUUUUCUUAUAUUAUAUUACCCUUGGGUGUUCAAGAAGUUUGAGGUAUGGAGGUUAUUUACAAGUUUCUUCUUUCUGGGACCAUUUUCCAUAAACUUCGGUAUUCGCCUUCUGAUGAUAGCAAGGUAUGGUGUCAUGUUGGAAAAGGGAGCAUUUGAUAAACGGACAGCAGAUUUCUUGUGGGCGAUGAUAUUUGGCGCCAUCUCACUAUUGGUGGUGUCUGUUAUUCCCAUAUUCAAUACUUAUGCAUUGGGAAUACCUAUGGUCAGCAUGCUUGUUUAUGUCUGGAGCCGAGAGAAUCCGAAUGCUCAGAUAAAUAUAUACGGCCUUGUCCAAUUGAGGGCGUUUUAUCUUCCAUGGGUUAUGCUCUUAUUGGAUAUGAUAUUUGGGUCAUCAUUAAAGCCUGGCCUUCUGGGGAUCAUGGUUGGACAUCUAUACUACUUCUUUUCAGUGUUGCACCCUCUUGCCACCGGAAAGAACUACCUCAAGACCCCGAAAUGGGUGUAUCCUUUUACACGGUCGUGGCCAAAGCAUUCUCUUUCAGUUUGCAUAUACAACUAA